GAUGGCCAUGUGUGUAAUACUUCAUAUGUGCCAAGGGGUAUUCUCCUAACAGCCUCACACAGUGUGACUCUGCCACCUACACCUACAUGGUACAGAGGAGCACGGGCAGGCUCAGGGAGCCCACAUGAAUCCCUAGGCACCUCAGAGAACGUAAGCUGCGCCAGCUCCCAGGGCUCCAAAACACGCUUUGCCUGUGGCUUCCAAGUGACACAUUUCACUCCCAGAAAGACUAGAUGGUCCCAGGACGUUCAGUCUGAGGCUGGGCUGCUUGGCUUUCCGCGUACAAGUCACCUUUCCCCUUUUAAAAUCCAUUUGCCUACCUAGAUAUGGCUGCUGCCCUUAGGAAAGGAAGGGGCAGGUAUGGAAGGGGUCCCCUGAUUUCCCAAGCUGUAUCUUAAUAAGUUGGCACAGGCAAUAUUAUGAUAGAAAGUGAUUCCGGAUUUCUGGGGACUCUCUCAGCCAGGCUCACCUGACCAGCUUCUUCCUGAGAAGGUUCACAGCCAGGGCUGUCCUGGGGGACACAUUGGGUCCUCAGUAAGGAUCUUCUAGGGCACAACCAUGAGACUACUUUCCUCUUUCCAUGCCUUCCCCCUUACCUGAGGGGGAAGUGACACCCAGGUGGCUGUGUUAGCAAAGAGGAAACAGCUGCGCUUCUGCUCCUCCUCUGGGCUUUCUUUGGCCCCUUCCCUGUCACUUCCCUUUGUCCAGUAAGGAAACCACCCUCCCCAGGCCUGGGCGGAGGCACACACGGGAUGGGGCAGAGUCCUUUCCUCUGUGUGCACUGCACUAAGUCAGAGAGGACUUCUGAACCUCACUGGGAUCCCUAAAGCAUGGGUGACCUUCAGAUGUGGCGGAAAGUGAUCAUUCUUAUCAGAUCUGACCACAGCUCCAGGGAGGAAGGGGUGGUGAUGAUGAAUUUACCUCCUAGGUGGGGUAAGGAACUGAGGGGCUGUGGACUGGUUUGAACCUCUGUCCUUUCUUGUGCAGCGUCUGGUAGAGCACCCUCCAUUCUCAAGUGAUCCACUUACAUAGUUGAUUCCUGGAGAAUACGACCCGCAUUACCUCACCGCCAUUCAUUGUAUGAUGGCUACUUUGUAUCCUGUGCCAGCGCCUCCAGGCCUCUGAUUUGUAAUCAGAGUUGUCUUUCUAGCCAUUGGACUUAGGGCGGUAGAGCACAUAUUUGGACAUGUUUGUCCCUUCUCCUGGCCUGUGCCUGGUCUCUGUCACUGUACUUCACACACUUGGACCCUCUCCAGGGCUGCCUCAGGGGUCAUGGGGACUUCUGCAGCCCAACGUGCUGGCUGUCCUUCUAUGGAACAUGCCCCUUGUUGGGAACCUGCCUCGAAGUUUUGCCUAGCUAGGGGUUCUGAGUGAAGAGGGGUUGCCCCUGUCCUUUGAAGUAGCUCCUUUGUAAACCUUUCAGGGUAGGCCCAGUUCUGAUCCAGCUUUAGCCUGUUUCCUGGUGGCUGAAACCCAAAAGGCUAUUUUAAGGGAUUUGCCUGUGUGGGAGAAUUUCUCUUGAGUGACAACAGAGAGGAGGCCUAGCUGCCUGGCACAGGGCUGGUGUGAGGCUCCCAGCUCUCCCAGGCAGGGGCGGCUGAUGGCUGAUGGUGCGCUUUGGCGCAGAGGCUACCUCUUGGAGGGGACACCAGCUCUAACAGGUGUAUAUUAUCAACGUGACCUGGUCCGACUCCACCUCCCAGACUAUCUACCGGAGAUACAGCAAGUUCUUUGACCUGCAGAUGCAGCUUCUGGAUAAGUUCCCUAUCGAAGGUGGCCAGAAGGAUCCCAAGCAGAGGAUUAUCCCCUUCCUUCCGGGCAAGAUCCUCUUCCGGAGAAGCCACAUCCGAGACGUAGCUGUGAAAAGGCUGAAGCCCAUCAAUGAGUACUGCAGGGCGCUCGUCCGGCUGCCUCCCCACAUUUCACAGUGUGAUGAAGUCUUUCGGUUCUUUGAGGCACGUCCUGAGGAUGUCAACCCCCCAAAAGAAGACUAUGGCAGUUCCAAGAGGAAAUCAGUGUGGUUAUCCAGCUGGGCUGAGUCUCCCAAGAAGGACGUGACAGGUGCCGACACCAACGCCGAGCCCAUGAUCCUGGAACAGUACGUGGUGGUGUCCAACUAUAAGAAACAAGAGAACUCGGAGCUGAGCCUCCAGGCCGGGGAGGUAGUAGAUGUCAUCGAGAAGAACGAAAGCGGCUGGUGGUUUGUCAGCACGUCUGAAGAGCAAGGUUGGGUCCCUGCCACCUACUUGGAGGCCCAGAAUGGCACACGAGACGACUCAGACAUCAACACCUCCAAGACCGGGGAAGUGUCCAAGAGACGCAAAGCUCACCUGCGGCGCCUGGAUCGCCGGUGGACCCUGGGCGGGAUGGUCAACAGGCAGCACAGCCGAGAAGAGAAGUAUGUCACCGUGCAGCCCUACACCAGCCAAAGCAAAGACGAGAUCGGCUUUGAGAAGGGUGUCACUGUGGAGGUGAUUCGAAAGAACCUGGAAGGCUGGUGGUACAUCAGAUACCUAGGCAAAGAGGGCUGGGCACCAGCAUCCUAUCUGAAGAAGGCCAAGGACGACCUGCCAACCCGGAAGAAGAACCUGGCUGGUCCGGUGGAGAUCAUAGGCAGCAUCAUGGAGAUCAGCAACCUGCUCAACAAGAAAGCCUCCGGGGAUAAAGAGGCUCCAGUGGAAGGCGAAGGAUCGGAGGCCCCCAUCUCCAAGAAGGAGAUCAGCUUACCCAUCCUCUGCAACGCCUCCAAUGGCAGUGCCUCGGGCAUUCCCGAGAGGACCACAUCCAAGCUGGCCCAGGGCUCCCCGGCCGUGGCCAGGAUUGCUCCUCAGCGGGCCCAGAUCAGCUCCCCGAACCUGAGGACGAGACCUCCCCCGCGCAGAGAAUCCAGCCUGGGGUUCCAGCUGCCAAAGCCACCAGAGCCCCCUUCUGUUGAGGUAGAGUACUACACCAUUGCUGAAUUCCAGUCCUGCAUUUCUGACGGCAUCAGCUUUCGAGGCGGACAGAAGGCAGAGGUCAUCGACAAGAACUCAGGAGGCUGGUGGUACGUGCAGAUCGGGGAGAAGGAGGGCUGGGCCCCGGCCUCAUACAUCGAUAAGCGCAAGAAGCCCAACCUGAGCCGCCGAACCAGCACUCUGACCCGGCCCAAGGUGCCGCCACCCGCACCCCCAGGCAAGCCUAAGGAGACCGAGGAGAAUCCUGCGGGUGCCUGCGAGAACCAGGGCUCCCCACUGAAGUUGAAGUAUGAGGAACCCGAGUAUGACAUCCCCGCCUUUGGCUUCGACUCAGAGCCUGAGCUGAAUGAAGAACCCACGGAGGACAGAGGUUCAGGGGACAAGCAUCCUGCCCAGCCCCGAAGGACCUCGCCUGCCUCCUCCCUGCAACGGGCCCACUUCAAGGUGGGUGAGUCCUCUGAGGAUGUGGCCCUGGAAGAGGAGACCAUCUAUGAGAACGAGGGCUUCAGGCCAUACACGGAAGACACCCUGUCUGCCAGAGGCUCCUCUGGGGACAGCGACUCGCCUGGAAACUCCUCUUUGUCCCUUGCCAUGAAAAACUCCCCUAAGUCAGAUUCUCCCAAGUCCUCAUCUCUCCUAAAGCUCAAGGCAGAGAAGAAUGCUCAGGCAGAACUGGGGAAAAACCAGUCCAACAUCUCCUUCUCCUCCUCCGUCACGAUCGGCACCACCUCCUCCUCUUCCUCCUCCUCUUCCUCCCUGUCCAAGAACAGCGGUGACCUGAAGCCACGUUCUGCCUCAGAUGCAGGCAUCCGUGACAGCCCCAAGGGGGGGACCAAGAAAGACCCUGAUGUGAAGACUGGGCUGGCGUCCUGUGUCCGAGCCAAGCCCUCUGUCCGACCAAAGCCGGUCCUGAACCGAGCCGAGUCUCAAAGCCAGGAGAAGAUGGACAUUAGCUCCUUACGGCGCCAGCUGAGGCCCACGGGCCAGCUCCGGGGGGGCCUCAAGGGCUCUAGGAGUGAGGACUCAGAGCUGCCCCCACAGACAGCUUCUGAGGGGUCCAGGCGAGGGUCUGCAGACAUUAUCCCUCUCCCAGCCACCACUCCCCCAUGUGUUCCCAAAAAGGAGUGGGAAGGACAGGGCACCGCCUACGUGACAUGCAGUGCCUAUCAGAAGGUCCAGGACUCUGAGAUCAGCUUCCCUGCAGGCGCUGAGGUGCAUGUGCUGGAGAAGGUAGAAAGUGGGUGGUGGUACGUGAGGUUUGGGGAGCUGGAGGGCUGGGCUCCUUCCCACUAUUUGGUGCCCGAGGAGAACCAGCAGCCUGACCCAGAUAGCAAAGAGCCAGACACAGUUAAGAGCACGCAGAACGAGGGCAAGUCGGACAGCCUGGAGAAGAUCGAGAAGCGUGUGCAAGCGCUCAACACUGUGAACCAGAGCAAGAGGGCCACCCCACCCAUCCCCUCUAAACCCCCCGGGGGCUUCGGCAAGACCUCGGGCACUGUAGCAGUGAAGAUGAGGAACGGCGUCCGGCAAGUGGCAGUCAGGCCCCAAUCUGUGUUUGUGUCUCCGCCACCCAAGGACAACAACCUGUCCUGUGCCCUGCGGAGGAAUGAGUCACUAACAGCCACUGACAGCGUUAGAGGUGUCCGAAGAAACUCCUCCUUCAGUACCGCACGGUCAGCAGCCGCUGAGGCCAAGGGCCGCCUGGCAGAGCGGGCUGCCAGCCAAGGCUCAGAAUCACCCCUGCUGCCCACCCAACGUAAUGGCAUCCCUGUCUCCCCCGUGCGUCCUAAGCCCAUAGAGAAGUCUCAGUUUAUCCACAAUAACCUCAAGGAUGUGUACGUCUCUAUUGCAGACUAUGAGGGGGAUGAAGAGACAGCUGGCUUCCAGGAGGGGGUGUCCAUGGAGGUGCUAGAGAGGAACCCCAAUGGCUGGUGGUACUGCCAGAUUCUGGAUGAGGUGAAGCCCUUCAAGGGCUGGGUACCCUCCAACUACCUUGAGAAGAAGAACUAGCGGCACGGGGUCCUUCCAGACUCAGUGUGCUGCUUUGCCUGCUACUGGCUGGUGGCACGCAGACUCGGGGAAGGACAAGAUGGGAGGGGGAGGGGGGAUGACAACGUUGAACCCUUCGGAACACGUGACCCCCCAGUACACCCUCCAGCUGGAAGGGAGGGUGUGGUGGGCGUGCACACUUAGUAGGAGAAAGGGAAUAGCAGGACUGUCCUGGGCCCGGGACCCCUGCAUGUACACUGCACGCCGAUGGACCGUAUGCCAUUUAGCCCAGGCUAUGUGGGAAAGCCUAAUCGUGCCUUUGCUGCAGAUCUGGAAAAGGUGUCCUGCCCUGCUCAGCCACUUUAGUGGCUGGUUUCUUGCCUCGGGAAGUCAUCUUCGUGUUGCCCUAAUGAUGUGUCGGGGAUCGUGUUGGUUUCUAGUCCACCACCGUCCACUGGUGGGUGUCCUGAAAAGUCACCAGCCCCGGGGCUUGGCGGCGUCUCUAAUGAGCUCAGCCCUUCCUGGGGCCAGGCCACAGCCUAUGUUUGGUAGUUAAAAGAGUUCCCAGGUGCCAACAAGGACCGUCUCCUCUUGCUCUGCUGACUCGGCCUAGCAAGGAGAGCCUGCCCUCCUCGGGGCACAUGGAGGACAGUGUGGGAGUUGACCUAGAGGAUGCCAGCUCCUCCUAAUCUAGAGAUUGCUUGAGGAUUUCCGGGUAGGCAGUUCCUUUUGCAUGUUCGGGAAAGGGUUAUUGGUUGGAGGUUCUAUAUCAGACGUUUGGUUUGGGGUUUAUUUUAGAAAUUGUUUGGGGGGGCCCGAGGGGCUCAGCCUCACAUAGGAGAAGGGAAUAGUAGUGGGUGGGGUUUCCGUUGAAUUCCAUGGAGGGAUGUUUUAUUUGGAUUUUGGUUUACUGUCUUUUGCCUUUCCAUAAGCCAGGUUGUUUGUUUAGGUUUCCACUGUGUACACAGUACCUGAGCAUGGCACCUCACCAGGGAUUCUGGGACUCGGUAAAGCCAAGUCCCCAUCUCGGUGAAACAAAGUAUUCAGGUUCCUGCCCAAGAGGGAAAGAGGACAUUGUUAGAAGCCAGCCUGCUGGGUGGCUAAUCUGCCUGCUUCUGCCCACUUUCUUCAACCUCGGCAGAAGGGACCCUGGCUGGGUCAGCCUGGAGCAGACAGUACCCACUGUGCCCCUUAGCCUGCUGGCAGGGUACCCAAGAAGAUGGAGGACUUUGAAACCAGGAACCAACCCUGUCUUCCUGAGGGGCAGCGCCCCCGGGGAACAGCGGAGCACAAGAAUGGAGUGAGUUUGCCACAGCCCUCUGUCUGCUUUGGGUUGUGAGCCAGUGGUUGACAUUUCAGAGGGGACCCUCCGGAGAGAAGCCCAGCAGUGUCCUUCAGGGACUCCCCUCAUGCUGGGAGUGGAUGCCACACGUGCCUUUGAUUUGGGACAGAUCCUGCCUCACAGCCUGUGGCUGAGCAGCCAGCAUCUCCCCUGACCAAGGGCUGCUGGUUCCAACAGACACAGGAGGAAGAGUGCCCCUCAUCCCUCCUCCCAGGCAGAUCUGCCUUCAGCUCCCAACCCUAACCUCCUGGAUCCCCAAGCCCAUGUUCCUCCCAUGGGCGGAUGCAAACCGCUAGCCUCCUCUGUCAGAAGCCCAUGGUGACAUUGUUCUAUUCCCUUUUUUUGUGUGUGUUCAUGAGUUUGUUUAAAAUUGAAAUUAGUUAUUUUCUUCUGCUGGACAGUAUUAAAUAGAGCGGGGUGUUGAGUUCAUCUGCUAGAUUGCAGUACUAAUGGUAGUAGUGUAGUGUUUCCAUGAUAUUAUUUGUACUUAUUUGAACAAUAAUGAUAAAGAAGUGGUUCAUUAUUUCUUAAUUAAUGCACUUUAAAUAAGGUGGGGUGGAAAGAAACCCGGAGAGCAAAGUGCAUGGGCUUAAAGAUGCAGUAUAUACUCCUCUCAGUUUAAAACAGUACAUAUUUAUUAAAAGAGGAAAAAAGUAAUUUAUGACUAUUUAAAAUAAAAUUUAAAGUAGAGUGGCCGUCAGGUGAAAGGAUCUUCCACAUAGCUGUCUGCCAAGGGGAGGGCCCACAGCCUUACUCCUCAGAUGUCUGCAUUGAGCCAGCUCCAUGACUAGUGUGUCCGCCAGGCACAGAGCAUCUCAGUUGGACUGGACCACCGGGAUCCCCAGAGCCAGCUUUUCCCAUCUCCCCUGUCCUUGUCACAGCCUUCCGUCUGCAUCCCAAAGACCCUCUCAGAAUCCCCUGUGCCCUGAAAUCAUAGAUCCUUAAAAGGGGGAGGGAACCUUACAGGUCACUCCAUCCUAUCCUUUCAUGUUACUUUAGCCCAAGGACAGGAAAUGACUUUCCCCCAAAUUGCCCAACUAAUGGCAGGUGCGGGCACUGCAUUGAUACUGUGUUCCUCCCCUGCCCCUCUAAGUUUAUUGUGUGGUCAUUGUGUUUACAUUGUAACAUCCAGCCCCAGGGAUGGCUGGGAGUUGCUCAGGCAUCUGGGAAAAGUGGGGAAUGUUGCCACCUAGUGUCAGGAUGUAGACUUGGGCAACAAGUAGUAAGUAAUAGCCAAGGUCCCUCACCACCAACCCAUUAGGGCACAGCACAGACCCUGCAAACCCAAAGAAUACUUGAAACAAGGGUGCAUGCCAGGCUUUCCCAGACACGGCCAAGGGAUGCCAGGCCUUGUACCCCUGGAUCCUAGCCCUGCCCAGGCGAGAAGGCCGUUCCCUAGAGCUAAUGAGCUGCUUUGUAAUGUUGGACGGACUGUGCAGCGGCGGAGGGAGGGGCCUGGGGCUCUGACCCAUCUGGAAGAAAACCAGAUUGGACUAAAAGGAAACAAAGAAGUGGAAUCUCAGAAAUGUCCAAACCUAGUUUUCCAUUAGUUAUGAUUGAAAAUGUGAAACGACAUUGUAUUGCUGUAUACUGCAACUUUAACCAUAAUGAGCCCUUCUGAGGUCAUUAUUGAGGUUUAUAUAAUGCCUGAAGAUGCAUCGUUUGGUGCUUUGUUUCUCUUUCAGUUUAAAGACCCUUUUCUUAUAUUCCAGGGCUGGAGGGAAACGUCUUCAAGCCUUAUCCUCCCAUGUGAGUAGCAGGCCUGGCUACACCGCCUGGCUCCUCCUGGCUUCUCGAAGUCGGGGAACAGGAGGAAGCUGGUAGGGGGAUAAUCCAGCAGCAGCAGAUUCCUGUCUGCCCUCCCCCUCCCCAGGGCUCCCUUCACAACUGGGGUUCUGUCUGCAAAGGCUUUAAUCCUCUCACCCCGAGCCUGGCCUCAAGGGUUCCUCUUUCUCACUCUAAUGGACGAAGGCAUUAUAUAGAACCCUCGUAGUCACUUUGAGAUGUUAGAGAGUAUUUUACUGGCAUUUAUACCCUCCGCUUCCUCAGCAAGGCGCGUUCCAGCAUCUAUCAUCUAAGGGAAAAAGACAAGGGGAUUUCAAAUGUUAUUUCCAUAUGACUAGUACUCGCAGAGUAGAUGUAGAGCUAUUUAAGUUGUAGUGUUCUGUUUUUAGGAAGGGGGGAAACCAGGUGAAAUCGCCCCGACUUUUCCUGGCUUUAACUAAUAUAUAAUUUCUUUCAGGCUACCGUAGCCCCUAUCCCCUCCAAAGACUUUGCAUUCUCAAUGGAAAACGAAAACAAUCUGAGACAGAAAAAGUGCAAUAUAACCAAGAGGGAUUUGGGACAGUGGAGACCCUGUCAAGUCUGUCUGCAGAAAAUGGGAGGGGUCAUGGGUUUGAUUCCCUAGGGGGACUAGCUAUCUAUCCACACCCCUUUCUCCAUUAUAAAGAAAGGGGCGGCCACCAGAGGGCAGCCCAUCAGUGUUGUCCACCCAGACAGAAGUGCUCUUGACCUCCUGGGCCCAGUCCCCAGUGCGGAGUAGGAACACCCACUCUGGUUUGCAGCCAGCUGCUCAGAGAGACCCGCAGCCCCCUCACCCCAGCCUCCUGAUGUGUGCUUUGGAUGUGUGCUUGAGUCUUUCUAAAAACUGUAAAACCUCAGUUCAGCUUGGAGACAGGAAUCCCGGCCAUAAGCAAACUCAUCUGGAGGGUGGGUGCUCCAAGCCCCACACACCCAGUGAGAGCCAAAUUCCUACAGGCCUGCAGUAGGCCUGGGGCUGAGUCCCGGCCACCCAUUCAUCUCAGUGACUUGGGCAGAAGGCACGAGCCUGCCUCUGACAACAGGGACUCCCAAGGCAGGAGCACACUCGCCUCCUUUCUCAUGCAGCAAGGAAAAUGACAGGAAAAGAUGGCCUUUGGGGGGGCGAGGAGCGAGUUCCAGGAUGGCUCCCCAGGAUAGCGAGCAGGGCCUUGCUGGUGUGCCCCCCUCCCCCGUUUAUAUAGUACUGUAGGCCUGCUGCUCUGACCCGCCUUGUGUGAAUUUCUAUAAAUGAGAGGGACCGGGCCCCUUUUGGGGUCUCUCCCUUCGAAUAGGUAUGGCUGCACAGCUGACCAUUAGAACAUCCAUGCAGCUCUCUGGGAAGACAGCAGUCCACAUCACUAACCAAUUAAGAUUCCCUCGAUUUUUUGAGGGCUGAGAAAGCGUGUGUGUGUGUGUGUGUGUGUGUGUGUGUGUGUGUGUGUGUGUGUGUGAUGGUAAUUUCCAUGAGCAAUCAAAGUCCAUGAGUGUCUAUAUGUGUGUGUGUGUGAGAGAGACUGGUGGUAAUUUCCCACUUGAAAUUACUUGGGGUUAGAGAAAAUAAAUACUGGGCAGGCAGUCUUCAUUGAACUAGUCCUUGGCAUUGGGCAGGUCCCAAGGGACUCACAGCUUCUGGCAGCAUGUGUGUCACUCACACGAUUCUGGCUGGAGAGUGCAAUGUGUCUUUUAAAUUUGUUUUUAUAUUUUUUUGUAAUUAUUUUAUUAUUUAGUUGGAAACUUCACACUGGUAUUAACAGAGCUAACAGAAGCAGCCCAGACCGUUGUCCUGGGCACCAAGACAAAGAUCUGGAAGAGAUACUGUUGAGUAUGGAAAUGCGCUGAGGUGAUUAAAUAGGGCACCCACCUGCAUCCUACCCUUGGUCUGAGAACCCCCCCCCGGGGGGGGGAUCCAAGAGCUGCUGGGUCUUGGUUUGUGAAGGAGAAGUAGGCUGUCAGGUUGAGGACUGCUUGUGGCGAGACUGUAGGAACUGCGGGUAUCCACACAGCGGUGCCUCCCAUCUCCACAGCAAGCCUUAGGUUGCUUCCUGUGAGUGUGGAAGGCUCCCCAGGACCUUCUGACAUUUUUGGCUAAGUCCCAUUUGGGGCAGUGUGAUAGUCUCAUGUCCCUGUGUUUCCUAAGCUCGAUGCUGAGAGCCCAUGACAGGUAGGGUGGUUCAGUGACUGUUAGCACUGCUGAUAGCUUUGUUCUGUGCAUCUGGGUCCCCAGGCCACACAGUAGGUACACUGGUGCUUGUAGAUUAGUCGGAAGGGUCUUUCCAAAGCCUUGAUCCCAACCUGGCUGCAAGGGAUUGGCAUGUGACACCCCCACCCAUUUCUAAAUCGCAAGUGACCUUGACAGUACCCCUCCCUUAUUGCAACCCUAAGACCCCACUGCCUUAGGGUGGGGUCCCCGGUGCCGAAGGUCUCUGCCUCACUCCAAGUCUCACUCUGGGCAGUCGUCUGUGUCUUUGGAAGUGUGAGAAUUGUGUUAGUGCAAACGGAUGUAUCUGCAUGUUGGAAAGCUCGCAGGAGGCAUGUUGGCAAGAUGAGAGUGCAUGUUUGGGAUUACUGGGGCUUACUGUCCCCACGCCGGGCGGAAGCUUCCAGAGAUGUCUUAUAGACAGGUGUGUGAAGGCUGAGAGACAGAGUUUGGAGCCGUAAUGUGUUUGAAACAGGAAAGAGUCAGUUCUCGGUGGUUAAAAAUGAGAGGUUUGCAGGGGAUUUUUGUUAUUCGACAGCCAAGAGUCCAGCCAGAGAAAACUCACUCACCGGGCCCAACCCCGGCUUCCAGUAUCAUUGUCUUAAGGAAGAGGUGGUGCAAGUCAUAAGCCAAUCUUUGGGUUUGGGAGCCCAUUCUCAUCCCGGAUUCCUAGAAGUUUUUACCCAGUGCAUUCUGUCCAGUGCAGAGCCAGCCUGUCAAACCAUACAAAUUAGGGACCACUGACCACAUAAUAAGGCCACACAGUAGGGACCCGACAUCCCCCACACUAGAACGUAAAAGCCCAGGUCUAUCCAGGAGGAAGGUGACCUCAUUUGGACCUUCAUACCCAAGGCUCCGAUGGAACUUAUGGUUCUAAUUGCCAAGUCGACCUCCUGAUGCCAGUCAGACCCGGUGAGCACACCGACCUCUUGCAUGUGCUGCUGCUGAGGCACACCGCUUUUGAGUUCACUUCAAAGGGUACGCAGUUGCCACUCUUAGAUUUAAAGCUUGUCUCCUGCAACAGAGGGCAUGGGUGUCCUUACCAGUUACCAGGUAAACUUCUAAGGCAGAUGUGAGUGGCCGCUGCUGCCAUGUGGUAAGAACAAGCAGGUAAAUGACACCGGGACUCACCUAAAUCACAGGGACUUCCUAGUGUCCACUCAUCCCCAGCCAGCUUACCGUGGUCAGCAGGAGUCCUUCCCCCAGCUUCUCCCCUCCCCACCUCAGCAGAGAAACGGAGACAAGGACAUUGGAUGCAGUAGGGGUCCACGUAAGUGCUAACAUAUCUCCAGGAUCCUGGGUGGUGCUAAACUAUCUCCGUGUUUCUCAUAGUUCUAAUAGUGGGUUGUUUUUUAUAAGUCUCAUCACAAACAACACAGUGUCACCGGGGGAGGGACCCAGCCCCCUUGACCUGCCCCUUUCCGGGUGUCCUUUAUCACUUUGGUGGGACUCUUUGGUCUGUAAAAAUGAUCUGUCUUGGCAUGCUUCUAGACUUUAAAAUUUGGGUUGUUUUGUUUCAUAUCUUAUGUUUACAGGCAUCUUGUAUUUCCCUAAAGACUAAAUAAAGUUUUUGACCUUUUUAACUGAA